AGUCAAAUGAAUAGAAAGUGACAUGUGGGGAGCAGGAAGGGCAGGACUGGGAUGACUCUCCCCUGGUGCUCUGACACUUUGAGCUGCACCCCCAAGACAGUGUUUGGAUUCAAACCAGAGCCAGCAUGACCAGUAACAGUAACUUGUGACUUCACAGUCAGCCACAGAAUUCUGCCAUCAUGGUUCCCCUUGGAAACCUGCGAAGAUUCUGCAGUAGGCUCACUUGGCAGCGUUUUAGAUUAGCUGAAGCAUCUUCAAUAAAUUGGCUGUCUUCGGCUGCCAGUUUAUUAGUAGCUUAGUUGUCAAGAUGGGUGGCUGUUGGUCAUGUGUGGCCUGCAGGUCUCACCCAGAGGCAGAACCAAAGGAUGAAGAUGAAGAGGGGGCACUGACAGGUCAUCCCAGAAACCCAACCCAUGCUGCACCAUUUUCUGGGGGACUCCCCAAUGUUUGGGGGGACACUCUGGAGAAAGAGCUCACUGAAGAACUCUGCGUGCCAGAACCUCUUCCAGCACCUCACAUGACCAAUAACAUCCUGGUGGAAGAUCUCACUGAGGAACCCUCCGUGCCAGAAGUUUGGUUGCAGCGGUGGGAAAGGGAAGAUGUUCCUGCAGACCCUGCUGCACUUCUCCAGCCGUCUGGGUCUGAGUCAUCAUUGUCCUCUGCCUCCCUGGAGGUUGCCUCCAUCCCACCCUCUACCUCCACCUCUUCCCUCCUCCUGCAUCCCUCUCCACCUCCUCCUCCUUCCCCACCUCCUCUGGAGCCGGACCUCAGCAACGUAAAUGAAACUCUGCAGAGUUUGGUAGAGAUCCAGGUCCGCUGCCAAAGAGACCUCCGCAGCUGCCAGGAAUGUGUACAAAGCUUCAAGGCACUGAGGGGACAACUGAGGCAGCUAAGGAGCAGACUGGCCAGGGUGGAAGCCACUAUGGGGAUCGUGGUUCCUCCAAGGGAGCUGGACGUUGCUGAGGAAGAAGGGGAAGGCAAAUUAAAAGAGACAACUGUGCUACUAUUUACAUGAGUAGCAAUAAAAUGCUAUGUAUAUAUAUUUAAAAUAUUAAAUAUUUGUUUUAAUACGAUGUAGAACAGCAAUAAAACUUGCAUAUUUAUUGUUUAAAAAAUAAAAUGUUUUAUUUUAA